AUGUCGUGCAGAUGCUGCAGGCCCGUUUCUGAUAAGAUCCUCCUGCUGGAGAGGGCGUCCAAGCGAGGAACAGGCUGCGCUCCGGCGGGCCUGUGCCACUCAGCUCCUCCCGAGAUGGACGGCACCAGACCGCUCGACCUGCUUCGCCCGCCUCCGCCCCUCUUCCUGCGGGCCUCCCUUGAGCGGGGGUACCCGCGCACCCCCAAGUGCGCCCGCUGCCGCAACCACGGCACGGUGUCGGCACUCAAGGGGCAUAAGCGGUUUUGCCGCUGGCGGGACUGCACUUGCGCUAAGUGCACCCUCAUCGCCGAGCGGCAGCGGGUGAUGGCUGCGCAGGUGGCGCUCAGGAGGCAGCAAGCGCAGGAGGAGAACGAGGCACGGGACAUCCGGAUGGUCUACCCUGCUAGCCACCUGCCAGAUUUGGAACUUUUUACCAAGGAGGCCUCUAAAAAUGACGAUCGCUUGAGCAAGAACCACUACCGGAGCCCGAGCGGGUCACCCUUGGACCCCGAGUCGAGCAGCGAGUCGGACAGGCCGAAGGAGUUCAACCGCGGCGAUUUGGAAAAACGCGUCAGUGCGCCGACUCCCCUUUUUGGGCCGGCGCAGGAUUCUUUCGGGAGCAAGUCGGCUUUGGCGGCACUCUACGUUCCGCCGCCCCACUUGGGCCUCAACCCUUUACGCCUUGCCUACUCGUCCCCGAACGCCACAGGCCUCGCGUCGCCGUACGUGACGUCGGGCUUGAUGCCGGUGUUCCCGCUGCGUCCUCCGCUGGACGCGUACUCAUUUCCAGGUGUGAUCCGAGACCUUUCCUACCUGCGCGGAAAGGAGCUUGUGUGCAGCGCCGUCGUGUACAAGCACCUGACUGCCGAAAAGUGUCUCGAUGUUGCUGACGAAAAUAUCAAAAUAAAUCGUAUGCGUUGA